AGUAGCUCAGAGUUGUCAUCUGCACAGAUCUUAGAGUUAAAGGAAGCGUUCAGCCUCUUUGAUAAAGACGGAGAUGGCACCAUCACCACUGUUGAGCUGGGUUCGGUGAUGCGAUCUAUGGGACAAAACCCAACAGAAACUGAGCUACAAGACAUGAUCAAUGAAGUGGAUGCAGACGGGAGCGGAGCAAUAGAUUUCCCAGAAUUCCUCACGAUGAUGUCACGAAAGCUGAAUGCUCUUGACCAGGAACAAGAGAUUCGCCAGGCAUUUGAAGUAUUCGACAAGGAUAAGAACGGGUUUAUCUCCCGUAGUGAACUCAAACAGGUGAUGGCCACACUGGGCGAGAAGUUGUCGGAGGAGGACGUCACCUUGAUGCUCAAGAGGGUUGACACGGACGGGGAUGGACAGGUCAACUACAAAGAGUUUGUUCAGAUGAUGCUGGCAAAGUGA